ACGGGUAGAUAGUUCUUCGUGCUGUACCCCUUUCAUUGAUUUGUUUACCAGGAUUAUAGCCUUGCAAAGAUGACAAUGGAUGCUCUGCAACUAGCGAACACUGCCUUUGCAGUCGAUGUGUUCAAAAAACUGUGCGAGAAGGACAAAACAGCCAAUAUUAUUUUCGCCCCCCUGUGUACCUCAACGUCUCUGGCUCUGGCCUAUAAAGCUACGAAAGGGGAUACUGCAGACCAAAUGAAACAGGUACUCCAUUUACAAGAUGUCAAAGAUGCUUCUUUCGGGUUUCAAACUGUAACUUCAGAUGUCGCCAAACUCAGCUCUUUCUUUGCGCUGAAAAUGAUCAAACGUCUCUUUGUAGAAAAGUCUCUUAAUCCCAUCACAGACUUUGUCAACUCCACAAAGAGGCCUUUUCCAUCUCAACUGGAAUUAGUGGAUUUCAAAGAAAAAACUGAGGAAACCCGACAGAAGAUUAACAAAUCUCUUUCAGAGCUAACUGAUGGCAAAAUGGAGCAUAUUUUGAAUGAGGAUAGUGUAAGUGACCAGACUCAGAUCCUCCUAGUUAAUGCAGCUUAUUUUGUCACCAACUGGAUGAAGAAGUUCCCAGAGGCAGACAUCAAAGAAUGUCCUUUUAAAAUCAACAAGACUCAAACUAAACCAGUGCAGAUGAUGAAUCUGGAAGCUACAUUUUGCCUGGGCUAUGUGAAAGAAUUAAAUGUUGCUAUCCUUGAGCUUCCAUGCCUCAACAAACAUAUAAGCAUGCUCAUUCUGCUGCCCAAAGAGAUUGAAGAUGAGACCACUGGCUUGGAGCAGCUGGAAAAGGCACUCACCACUGAGACAUUAUUACAGUGGACCAAUCCCAGCAUGAUGGCCAACACCAAAGUGAAUGUAUUUCUUCCGAAGUUUAGCGUGGAAGGUGAUUAUGACCUGAAGCCACUUCUGGAAAGCCUGGGAAUGACAAAUGUCUUCAAUGAGAGCACGUCAGAUUUCUCUGAGAUGUGUGAGACAAAAGGUGUGGUUUUGUCAAAGAUCAUCCAUAAAGUCUCUUUGGAAGUGACUGAACAAGGUGGCGAGUCCUGGGAGGUACCAGGAUAUCGGAUUCUGCAACACAAAGAUGAAUUUAAAGCUGACCAUCCAUUCAUCUUUUUGUUCAGGCACAACAAAACCCGCAACGUGAUUCUUUCAGGCCGAUUCUGUUCCCCUUAA